UUUUUAACAGGCGAGUUAUUGUCCGCUUUGAGGUCCUAAAUUCCAAAACAAUCGAAAUGGCGGCGCCUAUAAGAUGGAGUCUAAUGCGCUUUCUUCGAUCUCAGUCAUUUGCACAUAAGUUUAGAUUGCCAGGAAAUGAAAGAAGUCAGUGCUUUUGGGCUGCCCAAAAUCACAGAUUAAAGUCUCAACAGCAUCAAAGCAAAGCAUUCUCAGUGAGAAAGCUUUCAAUUUCAACUCAGGACACACCAAAUCCUAGAAGUUUAAAGUUUCUUCCUGGUAAGCCUGUACUGGGGACAGGAACUCAAGAUUUUCCCACCUCAGACUCAGCUGAAAGUUCACCUUUAGCCAAAGACCUUUUCCAAAUUGAAGGCAUAAAAAGUGUCUUUUAUGGCCCCGAUUUUAUCACCCUGACUAAGGUAGAUGAUGACAUUGAAUGGACGGACAUUAAGAGGCAUGCAGUUGAGGUCAUCACUAACUUCUUUGAAAGCGGAGAGCACAUCAAAGCAGGAGUAACGCAUGCUGAGAGCACUGUCACAGAAGAAGAUGAUGAAAUUGUCUCCAUGAUCAAGGAACUUUUAGAUACACGAAUCAGACCUACAGUACAAGAGGAUGGUGGUGAUGUCAUAUUCAAAGGCUUUGAGAAUGGCACAGUAAAACUAAAGCUGGUUGGCUCCUGCACAGGCUGCCCGAGCUCCACAAUUACCCUAAAAAAUGGCAUCCAGAACAUGCUGCAGUUUUAUAUACCUGAGGUAGACAAUGUAGAACAGGUGGAGGAUGAAGUGGAUGACAUCAGCAAAAAAGUAUUUGCAGAACUGGAGCAGAAACUGCAAGAUUAAUAGCAUGAUGCCCAUAUUUCAAGUUGUUAGAGUCGGAUACACAUGGUCCAUAAACAUAUUUAUGCAUAUUUAAAAAAUUUAAGCAUGUUCAAAGUCUUUCCUGUUUCUUGUAUCACCGUCGAGUAUUGUGAUUGCAAAGAUAACAUAACUCCGCACUUUCUAGAAUACAUGUGUAUGAAUAUGUAUUUUGACUGUCACAGAUUUACAGCACUUAAAGAGGACGGUUUUUGAUUUUUAACUUUGCUUGUUUUUGAGAAAAAGUUAAAAUAAGACGUUUAUGCGUGAAAGUAAAAUAUUUAUUGCACAUUGCAUAUAACGGACAUUUGUUAAAGGGAAUUAUUUUAUGGUAUAUGUAGAUUGCAGUGAUACAUUGAUACAUUUUUAACUGAUGUUAUGUACUGCAGAUCUUUACAGUUCAUUGAGGCUUGGUAAUCUGUAGAAUAUUGUUUGCAAUUAUUGUUCAUUGUCUGUGAUUAAAAUGUGAUUGCAAUAACAAUAAAAAAUAUUACACAAUUA